CGAGAAAAUGUAAUCAAAACAAAAGCGACAAUAUAAAUAAAAUAUGUUGUUAUUACUAACACGUAUAAUCGUGUUUUACGCUCUUUUUACAUCUAAUAUAUAUUGGAAAACAAGUGGAUUGGCAUGUUUUCAAGUUGAAGAAGUGAAAUUUGACAGUACAAUUGUAGAAAAUGAAUAUAUUGUGCAAUAUCGGCACUAUUAUAUGCCGGCCACCAGAUGGAAGUACCUGAACGCCGCAUUCAGACGCGCCAAUGUAUCACAAUUUCAUAUUGUCGAACGUAAAAACUUCGCCGGCUAUUAUCCGAGCGACUUCGAUUUGAUACAAUUGGAAUGUGAAGACAACACAGCCACGCAUAUAUCUCAAUUAGAGCUACAUCCAUUAAUCAAAAGAAUUUCGCCCCAACGAAGUGUAGAAAGGAUAUUAAAUUAUAAUCAUACUCGGCAGUAUGUAGGCCGUCAUCUUUUGCGUGCAUUGCCCGGCCAAAUCACACAUAUGCUACAAGCCAAUAUUUUAUGGGGUAUGGGCAUUACAGGGGCUGGCGUGAAAGUAGCUGUUUUUGAUACUGGUUUGGCAAAGGCACACCCACAUUUUCGUCGUGUGAAAGAGCGCACAAACUGGACAAAUGAGAAAUCUUUGGAUGAUGGUGUCAGUCAUGGCACAUUUGUUGCUGGUGUUAUAGCAUCAGCUAAGGAGUGCCUGGGACUGGCACCUGAUGUUGAGUUGCACAUUUAUAGAGUAUUUACAAAUUCUCAGGUUUCUUAUACUUCUUGGUUUUUGGACGCUUUCAACUAUGCUAUUUUUAAGAAAAUCAAAGUACUUAACUUGAGCAUAGGAGGACCAGAUUUUUUGGAUCACCCAUUUGUGGAUAAAGUGCUUGAGCUAUCCGCCAAUAAAGUGAUUAUGAUUUCUGCCAUCGGAAAUGAUGGUCCUCUCUAUGGCACGCUAAAUAAUCCUGGUGAUCAAAGUGACGUUAUCGGUGUAGGUGGCAUUAAUUUCGAACAAAAAGUUGCAAAAUUUAGUUCGCGUGGCAUGACAACUUGGGAAUUGCCUUGGGGUUACGGUAGACUAAAACCCGACAUCGUUACAUUCGGGAGCCAAGUAAAAGGCAGCAACGUACAUGGUGGCUGCCGCUCGCUGUCGGGUACAUCAGUUGCAUCACCUGUUGUUGCUGGCGCUGUGGCGUUAAUAGCCAGUGGUGCAUUAUCAAAAAUGAAUCUCUUAAAUCCUUCAUCUAUGAAACAAAUAUUGAUCGAAGGUGCUGAACGUCUACCAGAUAAUAAUAUGUUUGAACAAGGACACGGAAAGUUGGAUAUCUUAAAAAGCAUGCAAUUACUUUUGACCUAUGAGCCAAGAAUAACACUUAGCCCGGAAUAUUUGGAUGCUACAGAAAGUUAUAUGUGGCCAUAUAGUUCUCAACCGAUAUUCUAUGGCAGCAUGCCAAUCAUUGUAAAUGUAACUAUAUUGAAUGGUAUUGCCGUAACUGGGGAGAUCAAAGAUGCACCUAAAUGGCAUCCAUAUACUGACAAGCAUGGAGAUAUUUUAAAUGUCGCUGUAUCAUACUCGCCAAGUUUAUGGCCUUGGUCAGGCUGGAUGUCGGUGCAUAUAGUUGUCAACGAAAAGGGUGCUGAUUUCAAAGGUGCCGCCGAAGGUCAUAUAAGUCUGGAAAUUGAUUGCUUACCGGAGCAGAGCGAAGGAAAAGUAGUAUCCAAAAUAAACUUUCCACUUAAAGUAGUCGUUAUACCAAAACCGCCUCGCAACAAACGAAUACUUUGGGAUCAAUAUCAUAGUUUGAAAUAUCCACCAGGUUAUAUACCACGGGAUAAUCUCAAAAUCAAAUCCGAUCCACUAGAUUGGCGUGCAGAUCAUUUACAUACAAACUUUCGGGACUUAUAUACACAUUUACGUAAUGCUGGUUAUUAUAUAGAUAUACUACGUAUGCCCUACACCUGCUUCAAUGCAAGCGAAUAUGGUACACUGCUUGUUGUCGAUACGGAGGAGGAAUUCUUCGAUGCUGAAAUAAAGAAAAUUGAAAAUGAUGUUUACAACGAGGGACUCAGCAUAGUGGUAUUCGCGGAUUGGUAUAAUACAACGGUUAUGAAAAAGAUAAAAUUUUUCGACGAAAACACACGUCAAUGGUGGAUACCCGAUACUGGUGGCGCCAAUAUACCAGCUUUAAAUGAGCUACUUCAACCCUAUGGCAUCGCGUUUAGUGAUUUCAUCGCUGAGGGAUUCUUUACCUUGGGCGAUCACUCAAUGUACAUUGCCAGUGGCACAACUUUGGCGAAAAUACCACGUAGCGCUGGUGAUAUUGUUAUUGGUGCCGAAUUACAUGAUCAGGGAUUUGAGAUUUUAGAAAAUCCUAACGUUGCAGAUAUAAAGAAAGUUUUUAUACCGAUACUUGGUCUUUUUCAAACCAAAAAUGAAUUGCGUAAACAAUAUUUGGCGGUGAAUGUACAGACACCCACCAGCUAUGAAGAGAACAAUGUGGAGCAACCAAAUAUCGAAACAGAAAUCUCUGCGGAAAGAAAUCCCAUAAUAAAUAAACGCAUACUGCUUGGUGUAAGUGUUAUUGAUAAGCACAGCAGGCGUUUCAAUGGCAAUAUUAUAAAUAAAUUGCCGGAAAAGAAAUCGAAAAAUAUUAAAGAAAUGCUACAAACAUUAUCAAUGCCAAUACCCAAUACAAGUGGGCGCAUUGCAGUUUUUAGUGAUUCAAAUUGUUUGGACUCCAUACAUCUGGAAAAGGCCUGCUUUUGGCUGCUAGAUGCUAUCUUGGAAUACACAAUGACUUCAUAUAAAUCAGAAUUGUUACAAAAACUAAAUCGUAUCAAUGAAUUUUAUACAAAUACUGAGGAUACUUUACCACUGCGCUUAUAUAGCAGUAAUUUACAUUUGCAUUCAAAAGUAAUAGAUUCGAAUAAUAAAUUUCAUAAAAGAGAUACGGAAAUGUGUGAAAACCUCAGUUGGCUAACGCCGCAGAGUAUCAGUUCAGCGGAAGUAAAGUUAAGUACGACACGGCUGAAACAAAUCGAUUUAAAUUUGUUAAAAGCAAGCAAAGAUCAUAAAGUUGCUGAGUUAAUAAAUUCUCAUGUUGAAGCUAAGCAAAAGGCCUUGCCGUUGAACAGCGAAGAUGAUGAGCGAACAAUCAAAUUAUCCUUAAUUUUCAUUAUGCUGUUAACAAGUAUUGUACUCAUAUUCUUUAUUAAGUGUUUUAGAAGAAAAAGAGGCAUAUAGUAGACAUUACUACAUACUUACAGAUGUUUAUGCGUAGUAUGAUAAAAUGUUUUAAAACUCUAAAAUAAGUUUUUUAUACAAUAUUUAUUUAAGCAAU